GGGGUGAAGAGCUCCAUGUAAGCUCUUUUGUAUAGGCAAGGUUGCUGUAGUAGCUUUUACUGGGUUGGUCUAGAUUUGCACAAUGGCUCUUGACCUUUACUUAAGAGUGCUUUGCUUGUCAGUGAGUAUAGCCUGUAUAAAAGCCCAUGAAGGUCAUGGCUUUGGUGCUCAACAGCAAUAUUAUCCAAAUGCUGUUGCCACUGGUGGCCGUUUCAGUUCAUCCCAGCUCAGCAGCUAUGAGCCUACCUCAAACAAGCCUAUUUCAGCCAUAUAUGAGUCUAGCCAGACCACAAACUCCCUCAGCAGUGCCAUCCCUGUUGCAGUCACACCAGCCUCCAGUAACCUCUGGGCAGGAUAUCAGAGGUUAGGCGGAGACCCCCUAGCUACCAACAAUGUAGCUUCAAGUAUCUUUAGCUCUCUCUCUGCUCCAAGUGAGAGAUUCAAGGAUGGCUUUGGUUCUGCCCAGCAUGUUAAUACCCGGAGCACGUGUCCUCCUAGGACAAGUGCUCAUACCAGGGCUGCUUUUGCUGCAGGCACUCCAAUCCCCCUUGGCUCUUCCCAGAGUGGUCAUGUUGCUGCUUACCCACUGGCAUAUGGACUGGGAGGGGGGACAGGUUCCCAUGGGGGUUCUGCUCAGGGUACUGGUGCUCUGCCCUACUACACCAUUCCAAGUAGCUAUAGCUCUGCUCCAGGUUUACCGCAUAUGAACUAUGGUUCUGGAUCCUUGCAUGAAAUGAACAGAUAUGCUUACACCCUUCUAGUGCCCUCUCAAGGCGUUGGUUCCCACACUAAUUCUGGUUCUGCUCAAACCCUAGAAUACCAUCCUUAUUCCAGUAUACCUCAGGUCAGCUAUGCUUCUACUCAAGGGCUGGACUCCCAGCAGUCAGUUGGCUCACCUGCCAGCUACAGUUAUCCCAUGGCUCUGGGAUCCCACACAAAUCUUGGCUUGGCUCAUGAAGCAGGAGCUCAACUCGCACCACCUUUUGUACGGGGUAGUUCUGUAUUGACCCAUGGCUUGAGUGCUCGAGGUUCCGACCCUAGUUGGAAAGCCUCUGGCUAUUUGCAAGGCCCGUAUACCCAGUUGGGCUCUGGGUCAACAUGGGUCCCCAGUGGCUUAGCACCACCUGCUGCUGCUUCCCAGGAGAGGUGUGGUUUUUCCUUGCCUACUGGCUACCGCACUAGGCAUGGCUUUCCGGGUAGUGACGGUACCACCCAGACCCUAGUUUCCCAACUAACAUCCUCCAACCGUCCAGCUGGCUAUAGUUAUUCCCCUGGCAUGAACUCCCAGGGUGUCAGUACAUCUGGCCAGGUCUUAAGCUUGCCGAGUGUCUCUCGAGCUCCAUGCAAUAUGGGCUGUGCACAAACUGGCUUUAGUGGACAAGGUACAAGUACCACAACCAGUCUUGGUGUGGGUCAGGCUUCUGGCUCUCAGAGCAACCCUGGUUACCAAAACCUAGUAUCUCAGGUUACUUCAGGUACACCUUAUGUUCCCCAUAUGCCUUUUCAGGGGACAGACUGGCCUUCCUUGCCAUAUCAAGUUGCUGUGAUGAGCUACGGUUCUGGUUCGCAUGUCACUCCUCAACCUAGCUAUGAGUCCACUCGGGACUUGCAUUAUUGGACUAGGAAUGCUUUUCCCCAGAGAUAUGGGAUGCAGGCAAUAUCUGCUCCUCUACAACAGGGCUCUGGAUCUAAACAAAUCCUGAGCCCUCUGGGUUAUGGUUUCAGUCAAAUGACUGACCCUGGUUAUGUGCAGGGAGUACAGUCUCAGUUUGGGUCUGCUCUGGUCAGUUCUGUGCCUAGCUCCCCUGGGAGGAAGAAUGAUGGUUGUAAUGUGGGGCAAGGCUCUCAGGCUAGGUAUGGUUCUACUUUGCCUUCUGUUGAUCACAGAAGUGGUGAUUCUCCAAGCACCUUUGGCUUGGUCAGUAGUCCCACUUUGCAAAAGACAAGAUCACAAAUGUCCUUUGGAAUCCCUCUGCCUGUGACCAAGCAGGGGUUGGUUGUCCAAGGCUUUCCUGAGUUGGCUGACACUUAUACUGCUGCACAUAGCUUAGGUUCCCACCGUACCACUGGAUCUAAUCAUGUCAGUGCUGGUGCUGCACACACCAGACCUCUGCAAGGCUCCAUGUCUACUGGCUCUGUCAGUUCGUCCCAGGAGGCUGGUAACCAUCUUGCCAUUGCACAGCAAAUGGCCUCACAUGGAAUCUCUAGCUCUGGCCAAGGUGUUGGUUCCCCUGCUCAAACAUCAGGUUUCCAGCUGAGGGCUGGAUCUGCACCAACUGGAUGGGCUUCUGGCAGUCAGUUCAGGAAAUACUGGCACAGAUUUCUUCCAGGACAAGGGCAAUGAAGCAUCUUAGGGUGUUGCAGUCAUUCAGCAUGACCUGUUGAGCUCUCUUGUGAACUUGAAAUAAACAUUACCUUUCCUACA